ACACAAGUGGCCGUCCCCUCCUUGACUGGCUGAGCUUGUUAGUGCUCACGCCCGUACCUGUACCUGUAACACCUGUCACACACAUUUGUCCGCAGGUGCACCGCGUAGGACACUAACUACCACCCCGCUUGGAGCCCGUCAGGAGAGAAAAGCAACACCAGGCGGCGCGAUAAGAACCGGUGAAAAGGAAGCAGGCGGCGCAGAAACUCGACAAGAAACAUGGCGAAUGUGUCCGAUAAGGCAUCUGUGUUGCGUACCACCAAAGUCAGGACCAAGCUGAAGAGCGAUGGCAGCUGGUUGAACCCCAACAGUGACACGGAAGAGAAAACUGAUGAGAAGCCAUGGUUGGCAGAAAUAAGGGCCAGACGUGAAAAUGGAGAAUCAAGUCCGGUGUCUUCGCCCACUUCUUCUCCACUACCCAAGCCUGACAGUGAUAAACUACCCACUUCAGGAUUUAAGAUUAGGGGUGUUUUCAACAAAGUAGACACGUCUUCAACGUCUUCAACGUCCAAUGGCAUCAGUGCGCCUCACACGGUGAAGUCCCCUAGUGGGAAAGUGGACAGCCCGAUUAGCAGUGAGGAGCAGGAUAAACGCACGACGGCAGCCAGCAAAACCCUGCCCAAAACUGCAGUCCGGGAGCGGUCUUACGUGCUCUCUGCUGCAAAGAAAUUUGAGUCUCAAGAACAAGCAGCUGACAAGUCCAUGGACGACGACACUACAUCAUUUGUAGCUAAAAGAGUGAAAGUUACAGAAGAGGCUUCUUUAAAUUCACCGCCUGGCCGUGCUGCGCCCCUCUCCCCUGUCGCUCCGGUGCCAGAACCUAAACCACUAAACAGAAUCAGCGAUGGUGUCAAGAAAACCGUUGGUCGUGUUACUUUUAAUGAGACUACAAAGGUACAAGAGGUGCCCACUGACAGAGAACAUACCUUUCCUCCGCCUCCUCCUCCAGUGUCAGCCCCGACAAAAGACCUGUUGAAAGACACGGCACCAGGUGAUCUGGAGGAUUCAGGAGAUGAUGACACGUAUUCAGUGUCAGUGCAUGAACAAGUAAAAAAAUUUUCAUCAAAAUCACAACCUGAACCUGCACCUGAACCAGAGCCGGAACCUUUUCAGAACUCAAGCUCCAGAGUCGAAGCGCUCGCCGCCAUGUACGAAAAUCGCGUUUCAUCUGGAACGGAAACAAGCAGCUCGAAGGGUGGCGAGUGGGUGCUGGCAGGAAAAGAGAAGGACCAAGAGGAUGAUGACUCAGAAGAAGAAGGAGACGGACAGGAACCAACUGCAGGACUCGGCAACCAUAAAGCAACAACAGAGAAUCUCCGGGAUGUCUUUUCUGGCAAGAAGGACCCCCUGAGCUCCCAUGUGACCACCACAGUGACUGAGUACAGCAAAAAGGACCCCCUGAGCUCCCAUGUGACCAGCACAGUAACAGAGUACAGUCGAGAAGAUUCUGCCCUGCCUGCUCCCUCUAGUCCUAAACGUCGGAGUAAAGAAGUGACAUUCGAAAGUCGAGAAGAUCCUGCACUGCCGGCUCCCCCCAGUCCGGGUCGUUUGAGUCAGGAUCUGCUCACUGAACUAGAAAGUCGAGAAAAUCCUGCACUGCCUGUUCCCCCCAGUCCGGGCCGUUUGAGUCAUGAUCUGCUCACUGAACUAGAAAGUCGAGACGAUCCUGCACUGCCUGUUCCCCCCAGUCCGGGACGUUUGAGUCAGGAUCUGCUCGCUGAACUAGAAAGUCGAGAAGAUCCUGCACUGCCUAUUCCCCCCAGUCCGGGCCGUUUGAGUCAGGAUCUGCUCACUGAACUAGAAAGUCGAGACGAUCCAGUACUGCCUGUUCCCCCCAGUCCGGGACGUUUGAGUCAGGAUCUGCUCACUGAACUAGAAAGUCGAGAAGAUCCUGCACUGCCUGUUCCCCCCAGUCCGGGUCGUUUGAGUCAGGAACUGCUCACUGAACUAGAAAGUCGAGAUGAUCCAGUACUGCCUGUUCCCCCCAGUCCUAAACGUUGGAGACAGGAUCUGCUCACUGAACUAGAAAGUCGAGACGAUCCAGUACUGCCUGUUCCCCCCAGUCCUAAACGUUGGAGUCAGGAUCUGCUCACUGAACUAGAAAGUCGAGAAGAUCCAGUUCUGCCUGUUCCCCCCAGUCCGGGACGUUUGAGUCAGGAUCUGCUCACUGAACUAGAAAGUCGAGACGAUCCUGUCCUGCCUGUUCCCCCCAGUCCUAAACGUUGGAGUCAGGAUCUGCUCACUGAAAUAGAAAGUCGAGACGAUCCAGUACUGCCUGUUCCCCCCAGUCCGGGACGUUUGAGUCAGGAUCUGCUCACUGAACUAGAAAGUCGAGACGAUCCUGUCCUGCCUGUUCCCCCCAGUCCGGGACGUUUGAGUCAGGAUCUGCUCACUGAACUAGAAAGUCGAGAAGAUCCUGCACUGCCUGUUCCCCCCAGUCCUAAACGUUUGAGUCAGGAUUGGCUCACUGAACUAGAAAGCAGGGAGAAGGACCCCUUGAGCUCCCAUGUGACCACCACAGUAACUGAGUACAGUCGAGAAGAACCUGCACUGCCUGUUCCCCCCAGUCCGGGACGUUUAAGUCAGGAUCUGCUCACUGAACUAGAAAGCAAAGAGAAGGACCCCCUGAGCUCCCAUGUGACCACCACAGUAACUGAGUACAGCAAAGAAAAGGACCCCCUGAGCUCCCAUGUGACCACCACAGUGACUGAGUACAGCAAGGAGAAGGAUCCCCUGAGCUCCUAUGGGACCACCACAGUAACUGAGUACAGUCGAGAAGAACCUGCACUGCCUGCUCCCCCCAGUCCUAAACGUUGGAGUAAGGAUCGGCUCACUGAACUAGAAAGCCCCACAAAGACUCACUCCGACGUUACUGUAACCACUGAAACUGUAACCACCAGUAUUGGCAGUGAGGAGACGGACCCAUUGAGCUCCCGUUCGACCACCACAGUGACUAAGUUCAGCUCGGCUGAUGCAUAUGAUCCGUAUCCGAUAGGGACCACAUCCCGAAACAGCUCCUCUGACCUGCUGAAGCCCAUCUCAGAUCUUUCCAUCAACAGUUCGUCGACCUCUUUCACGGAGAAGAAAGAUCCAGAGAUCACGAUGGGCGGUAAGGCCGCGGUUUCUUUUGCUGAUGACAUCCCCCCCUUUGACACCCAUGCCACAAGCCUCAGCACUCACCGGUCGUGGGCGCGCAAGUGGGAAACCACAACCCCUCUGCAGACCCACAUAGAGGAGAGCAGAGAGGAUCUAGCAGAAGCCGGAGAGGAGGAUCAACAGACUUUGGUUAGGUUUGAGAGGAAGUCCAAAGAAGAUGACUCUCCAUGGGACAAGUGGACGUCUCCAUCUGUGUAUACUCUUCCAACCACCACAGAGGAGGAAGAGGAGAGCCUGGAGGACUCACAAGUACACACAUUCACAACCAUCACCACCAUCAGGGACUCCUAUGGAAGACAGGAGGAGUACGGGAUGAAUCGGAGCACGCUACAAGAAGUCCCACGCACCCCCUCACCAGAUCCUGAAAGCAAGAAGCCCUUUGUGUACCUGAAGGAGUACAUCAAUACCACAGAGCUGUCCUCCCAUAACGCCUCAGACUCAAUCAAUAGCUGGUCGUCCUCUUACUCCAGCUCGUCCUCUACCCCCUGCACAUACUGUGGUCAGCUGGUCACCAAUGAUGCCAAGAUCACCAUCGAGCAUCUUAAUAUUAACUGCCACCCGAGCUGCUUCAAGUGCUCCUCCUGCCACAAGCCCAUGGGAGACCUGGUCUACAACAUGUUCCUGCACGGAGGCAAAGUCCACUGUGAGAGCUGCUACUCCGCCGCUUUCGAUUGAUCGCAGCUGCCUCCCAUUUGCAUUUUAAGUGCCCAGCGGUCUCCCUCCAGCACGAGUGUGGUCCGCUUUGAACGUAAGAGCGAUGGAGGUUUAAGGUGACCCAAGAGACUGUAACAGUGAGCAAUGAAAAUAAUUGCUUUUUUUUUUUAAAUUCCUUUUAUGCAGGACAGGAUUUGUAUUUGUAAACAUGUUUGUGUUCCUCUUCCUGCUGGUGUAAGCGCUACCUGGGUGUGUAAUUUAAGAAUGUGUCUGCGCUGCAAAAGGUUUAUACAGUCAAGCCCAAAAUGGUUCAUAUUGUGCAUUAUUUAAUUUUUGGUGAUGACAUAUUUUCAGCUGAACAUGACACAUGGAAGUGGUCCAAAACUGUAAAUUCCAUGUCUGAAAAGUUCAGGUCAAAUUUUCCAAAUGCAUACAGUAGGGAAGUGGUUAAUACGACGCCAUUCCUGGGUAGAUCUCGCGUGAGAGAGGUCAAUCAUUUUACAAUGCGGUCUGCUGAAAAUAAUGGAAAGCGCCACUAUAUACACAGCAACUGAUGCUGAGGUCAAAUUUGGAAUUGCCACAAAACACUACUGUAAAGUGGAUGAUUUGUCACGUUUCAUGUGUCAGGUAAACUGUAACGUAUGAA